AUGACCGAAGUGUCAGACGAUCGAAGGAGAUCUGAUGAAUCGAAAAAAUCAUCGAGAAAAGAUAGAAAACGUCGUGAUAGAAGUAGAUCACGUUCUCCAUCCAAGAAAUCGAGGAGAAAUGAAGAGCCGGUAGUUGAAAAUGGAGAAUCUACUAUUGAAGAAGGUGAAAUCGAAGAAAAGCCACGCGAAUUGACAGCGAGAGAACUCGAAAGACAACGACUUCUUGAAGAAGAGUUAAAAGCAGAUCAGUUGGAAGAUGAUGAGCCAGUUUGGUCAAUGAGAAAGGCGCAAGAAGAAAAGAAAAGUAGAACUUGUCCAUAUCUUGACACUAUUGAUCGAAGUGUUCUUGAUUUCGAUUUCGAAAAACUGUGUUCAGUCUCGUUGUCACAUCUCAAUGUAUAUGCCUGUAUGAUUUGCGGAAAGUAUUACCAAGGCCGCGGAACAAACACACACGCGUAUAUGCAUGCGUUAGAUACUGAUCAUCACGUAUUUCUCAAUUUAUCAACUCUCAAGUUUUACUGCCUUCCAGACAAUUAUGAAAUCGCUGAUCCAAGUUUAGAAGAUAUCAAGGUAAAUUUAAUUUUUUUUGAAAAUGAAUUAUAAUUUUCCAGUAUGUGCUAAAACCAACUUAUACAAAAGAUAUGAUUUCAUCGGUUGAUAAACAGACAAGAAUGGCUCGAGCUUAUGAUGAUUCUACAUAUUUUCCUGGAGUUGUUGGAUUGAAUAACAUUAAAGCUAAUGAUUAUUGUAAUGUGAUUCUUCAUGUAAGGCAAUAUUUCAGCAAUAUCAAAAUCAAUAUAAAAAUUUCAGGCUCUUUCUUCCGUUGGCCCUCUUCGUGAUUAUUUUCUAGCCGAGGAAAAUUACGCUAAUUUGAAAAAGACCACCCGGUGACAAACUAUCACUUCUACCACAAAGAUUUGGUGAACUCAUCAGAAAGUUAUGGAAUCCACGAGCUUUUCGAACACAUGUUUCACCUCAUGAAAUGCUUCAAGCUGUUGUUGUUUGCUCGAAAAAACGUUUUCAGUUUAUCAAACAAGGAGAUGCUGCUGAAUUUUUGACUUUUUUGAUAAACACUUUGCAUACAGCAUUGAAUGGAACUCAAAAGAAUAAUUCAUCAAUCAUUUAUAAGUGAGACUGGGAUAUUUUUUUCGGAGGAAUUCUAUUCAAAAAUAAUUAAAUUUUCAGAACUUUUCGUGGAAAAAUGCGUCAAUAUUCUCGAAAAGUAAUACCAUCGGAAGAUUCUGAAGAAGAGCGACGUCAUAAAUUAUCAUUGCCAGAAUAUCAAGAAACAUCAUCUGAAACACCUUUCCUCUACUUGACUUUAGAUCUUCCACCUCCACCUUUAUAUCGAGAUGUUCAAUUGCAAAAUAUCAUUCCACAAGUUCCACUCAAUGUUUUGCUGGAAAAAUUCAAUGGACAAGUUGAGAAGGAAUAUAAAACAUAUAAGGAUAAUAUUAUGAAACGAUUCGAACUUUUGAAAUUGCCCGAUUUUUUGAUUAUCACUUAUAAAAGGUUUCAAAAGAAUCAAUGGUUUGUCGAGAAAAAUCCAACUAUUGUGAAUUUCCCAAUUUGGUAAGUUUAUAACUGUUUUUUAUAUUCAAUUUCUAUGAUGAUUUUGUUUCAGCAACAUUGAUUUGUUCGAUUGUUUAGCUGAAGAUGCGAAAAGUUCUCAUAAAUUCACAACAUAUGAUCUCAUUGCAAAUAUUGUACACGAAGGAAAAUAUGAAGAUGGAAGUUAUCGUGUUCAAAUUGUUCAUGAAGGAUCUGGAAAAUGGUUUGAACUCGAAGAUUUACAUGUCAAAGAUAUACUGCCACAAAUGAUUGUUUUGGCCGAAUCUUAUGUUCAAGUUUGGCGAUUGAAUAAAGGAAAAAACGAGAGAAGAAAGAACAUCGGAUGGUAUUGA